GUUUUAAAUUAGUUGUAGUAGUUGUGAUGAAAAUAUUCACUCGAUUGCCAGCGUUAUCGAUGAGCAUGUUGUCGGUGGUGGGUUGAGUGAGGUAAGGUUGUCCGAAGGGCGGCAAUCUCAAUCCAAGCCCCAAACCGAACACCUGUGAGCUCCCGUAUCUACAACUGGCUGUAGCUGUAUCUGUGUCGGAGCGAGCACGUGUGUGUGUCUGUGUGUGUGUGAGUGACAUUCAAAAAUAAGUGUAAAUGAAGUGUGGAGACGAACCGGCAAACGGGCCGCCAACGUCAAUGAGAACGCAACGUUUUGUGCAUUGGCCUAUCAGUGUAUAAAUUCUCAAUUAUCUAAUAGCCGAGAGAAAAUCAGUGUAUAAACCUAGACAAAAAGUCAAAACUGUGAUAAUGCCCAAGGAGUAAACAUUGAGAUUAGAUUAAACAUUACGGUCCGAUGACAUCUUUGACAAAGAAAGUUAGAACCCGGCGGUGUUUCAAUAUAUAUUCUUUACUUUUUUUUAACUAUUGCACAAUAAUUGAAACUGACCGUUCAAAAUGAAGGAAUGGCUGAAAAUCUCCUGCCUAUUGUGCGUUUUUGGUUUUGUUCGCGAAAUACGUCCCUCAGAGCCAUAUGUUACGGAAUACCUGUUGGGUCCGUGGCGUAAUAUUACCGAAACUCAGCUUACUCAAGAUGUCUAUCCAGUGGGUACAUAUUCGCAUCUGGUGCAAUUGGUUUUUGUAUUUCUCAUUACGGAUUUCUUGAGAUACAAGCCUCUCAUUAUAACGAUUGGAGCUGCGGGUGUGAUUAUCUGGAGCAUGCUGAUAUGGACAACAAGUCUGUUAUCACUGCAAAUUCUGGAGUUCUUUUAUGGAACUUAUAUGGCAGCCGAGGUUGCCUAUUAUACAUACAUUUACGCCAAGGUGGAUAAGAAAUAUUAUCCUCGAGUCACAUCGCAUACACGUGCUGCCAUGUUUGUGGGCAAACUUGUGUCAGGGAUAACAUCUCAGCUGAUGAUCAAUUUGGAUGUGAUGAACUACAAGGAGCUGAACUAUAUAACGCUAACCACCCAAAUAAUUGCCAUGUUUUGGGCAUUUGGUUUGCCCAAAGUGGACAAGAGUUUGUAUUUUCAUCGUCAGAUCGAACAGAAUGCUGAAGAGGCGGAGGCCCAGUCACAGACCAUCGUUACGAAGCAGCCCGGUGCAAUGAAACUACUUUGGUCUCAUUUUUACAAUGCGUAUACAAAUCCCCGAGUUUUGCAAUGGAGUCUCUGGUAUGCCAUUGGAUUGGCGGGAUAUCUUCAGGUUACCUAUUAUAUGCAAGUGCUUUGGAAAGUCAUCGAACCAGAGCCACAGAUUGCCUGGAAUGGUGCUGUGGAUGCGGUUCUGACUGCCUUAGCUGCGAUGAUGGCGCUUGCCGCAGGCUAUUUGCACACUGGACGCAUGAAACCUCGUUUCAGUCUACUCAUUUUGGCCAUUCUCUCGGCUCUGGAGGGAGGCGCAGUACUGAUCUGUUGCUGGACAAAGGAUAUAUAUUGGUCGUAUGUUGGAUUCAUAUUAUUUGGCGGUCUAUAUGGCUUCACCAUCACGCUUGCCAGCGCUGAAGUUGCCCGCAAUUUGGAAGAGGACAGUUUUGGCCUGGUUUUUGGCUUUAAUACAUUGCUCGCCCUGGUCUUUCAAUCGCUAUUGACCAUUGUAGUCGUCUCAGACAUCGGUCUGAGUCUUAAUGCUGUUGGCCAAUACACGGUCUAUGCAUUCUAUUUUAUUGUCGUCGGCCUUAUCUACCUGAUAUCAGUGCUUGUGGAAUAUAUCUGGCUACGAGACGAUCACAGAGAAAGUAAUAAACUCAUAUAAAAUAGACAGCUGUAUAGACGGCAUUAUGUACUUAUUGUUAAGUGUCUUAAACUGUAGUAUAGUUAUUUAGUUUGUAACUAUGAAUGUUCCUAUGCAAGUACUUAAUGAUCAUGAUUGUGGAGCAUUUUUCUAUUGUACCUUUUUAUCUUGUAUCAUAUCCAUGUAAAAAAGUAUUUGCCGAGGAGAUAUUUCCUAGUGUUAAAAAUAAAAUUGAAAACUGUAGACGCCUCGUCAUAAGUUUUUACAAUGUCUUGAA